UGGUCCCCAGACAGGCGUCGGGGUCCCGAGGGGCCGUGCCGGCAGCGGGAGGCUGGCGCUGCGGAGAGGAGGGCUUGGCAGGGCCGGCGGCGCGGCCACUCCUCCCCUGCUCCGCUCGCUUUGAAGGGUCGAGUGCCGGAGCUGGAGAGGAGAGAGCGAUGUGAGUGCUCCGGGAGCCUGGCCGGGGCAGAACUCCUGCUUCUUCCCUGCUUUCCUUCCUCCAGCCUCUCCGCUCUGCUCUCGGGAGCAGCGGAGCUCGUUUUCGCUUUUCCAAUGGCCCCACCUCGCUUGGGGUUUCUCCUCCUCCUGGCUUGCUGCUUCUCCUGCUCUGAAACACAGCUCCUGGACUGGGUUUGGGACAGCACCAAGACCACAGGAAGCCCAGCAGCACCCAGCGAGGGAAUCCUGCCGUCGGACCCGCCAACCUCAGAGGCAGCUCCGGCUCCCAGCGCGUCCCCAGAGAGGUGGGGUGGCGAGGUGGCGGGGAAUGUCACCACUCCACGGAGGCAGGAGCCAGAUCCUGCUACAGCAGCACCUGUGGGUGAGGGAACUGCAGCCAAAACCACGGAGCAGUGGGAUAGGAAUGCCACAGGGCUGCUGGAGAGCACGGCAUGGCCAAGCAUCGCUCCUCCCCACAGCGUGUCACCUGCCCUGGGACAGCAGGCGACCAGCAGCUCCACCGAUGACCCCCAGCUCCUGGGGACAGAGACCCACAAGGACCUGCAGCUCCUGGGGCUGGGGAACACCGAGGACCCCCAACUUCUGGGGGCAGAGACCCACAAGGACCCACAGCUUUUGGGGUCGGGGGAUACUGAGGACCCUCAGCUCCCGGGGUCAGGGAACACCAGGGACCUUCAGCUCCUGUGGUUAGAGACCUCUAAGGACCCCCAGCGCUUGUGGCCAGGGACCACCGAGGACCCUCAGCUCCUGGGGACAGGGACCACUGAGCACCUGCAGCUCCUGAGGAUGAGGACCACCAAAGACCCCCAGUUCCUGGGGUCAGUGACCUCCAAGGAUCCACAGCUCUUGGGGACAAGAACUACUGAGGACCUGCAGCUGCUGGGGUCAGGGACCACUGAAAACCCACAGAUCCUGGGGUCAGGAACUACUGAGGACCUGCAGCUGCUGGGGUUGGGCACCACUGAGGACCCACAGCUCCUCGGGAUGAUGAGUACCACAGACCUGGAGCUCCUGGUGACAGGGCACACUGAGGACCCACAGCUCCUGAGGACAUGGACCACUGAGGACUCACAGCUCCUGGGGACAGGGACCACUGAGGACCCACAGCUCCUAGGGAUGGGGACCACCAAAGACCCACAGCUCCUGGGCAUGGGGACCGCUGAGAAUCUGCAGCUCCUGGCAAUGAGGAACACCAAGGACACACGGCUCCUGAGGGCAGUGACCACCAAGAACCCAGAGCUCCUGGGGAACUCUGAGAACCCACCACUCCUGAGGACAGUGACCACCAAGAACCCAGAGUUCCUGGGGACGGAAACUCCUACAGCAAUGGAGACACAGGUGUCGUUGCAGAGACCAGCGGGUCCCCAGCCAGAGAACCUGAGUGCCGAGGUCAGCCUGCUGGAGCUGAUCGGGGACCCACCAACGGAGGAGAUCCACAGAAUUUAUGGCCCCGACAACAACCCUGGCUACGUCUUCGGCCCCAACGCCAACACAGGCCAGGUGGCCCGGUACCACCUGCCGAGCCCUUUCUACCGGGACUUCUCGCUGCUGUUCCACAUCCAGCCCACCACGCCCCGGGCCGGCGUGCUCUUUGCCGUCACAGACUCCUCGCAGAGCAUCAUCUACGUGGGCGUCAAGCUCUCAGAGCUGCGGGCGGGCCAGCAGCAGAUCAUCUUCUACUACACGGAGCCGGGCUCGCGCAGCUCCUACCCAGCUGCCACCUUCACCGUGCCCACCCUGGUCAACCAGUGGACGCGCUUCGCCAUCAGCGUGGAGGAGGAGGAAGUCAUCCUCUACCUGGACUGUGAGGAGCACGAGCGCGUCCGCUUCGAGCGCUCCCCGGACGAGAUGGAGCUGGAAGAGGGCUCUGGGCUCUUCGUUGCUCAGGCUGGAGGGGCUGACCCAGAUAAAUACCAGGGCGUGAUUGCAGAUUUGAAGCUCCGAGGGGACCCACGGGCGGCCGAGCGCCAGUGCGAGGAAGAGGAGGAUGAUGCAGAGGUCUCUGGGGAUUUUGGCAGCGGGAUGGAAGGUGGACAGCAGCCCUCGGGCAAGGUCGAGGGUGUCCCAGGGCUGGUGGAUGCUGUGCCUGUGACCUCCCCCCCCGUGGCAGGGGGCAGUGGCCCGAGGAGUGGUGGGGGGUCCCCGCAGCAAGCUGAGAGGACCAGGGCGGAGGAGACGCUGCAGGUCUCCACAGGAGGCACCGGCUGGAAGGGCGAAAAGGGAGAGAAGGGGGAACGUGGCUUGAAAGGUGACUCAGGGACUGGUGGCAUCGUAGGGCCAGGCAGUGUCAAGGGGCAGAAGGGGGAGAAAGGAGACCUGGGCAUCAAGGGCAGUGCUGGAUUUGGCUACCCUGGCUCUAAGGGCCAAAAAGGAGAACCAGGUGACCCUGGACCCCCUGGGACCCUCUCUCGGCAUGCUGAUGCCUCAGUGGUGGAGCAGGUCACUGGCCCCCCAGGGCCACCAGGGAAGGACGGAUUCCCUGGCAGGGACGGUGAGCCUGGAGAUCCUGGUGAGGAUGGCAAACCCGGUGAAAUGGGGCCCCCGGGGUUCCCCGGGAUGCCGGGGGAGCCGGGCCUGAAGGGGGAGAAGGGUGACCCAGGCAUGGGGCCGAGGGGACCCCCUGGACCUCCUGGCCCUCCAGGACCGCCGGGACCCUCCUCCAAGAACGACAAGCUGACCUUCAUCGACAUGGAGGGCUCUGGCUUUGGCGGUGACCUGGAGAGUCUGCGGGGUCCACGAGGGCCACCUGGACCCCCAGGGCCACCUGGUGUGCCCGGUUUGCCAGGGGAGCCAGGACGGUUUGGGAUGAACCACACGGACCUACCAGGACCUCCGGGGCUGCCAGGCAGGGACGGGAUCCCUGGGCCCCCAGGGCCACCGGGUCCUCAGGGUCCUCCAGGAAGAGACGGGGAGGCUGGGCAGCCAGGGCCCAAAGGAGAGCGGGGUGAUGCGGGUGACUUUGGCCUCCCUGGCCUACCAGGACCCAAGGGCAGCAAAGGAGAAACAGGACCAGCAGGACCCCCAGGAGAAAUGGGCCUAGCAGGCCUUCCCGGGCCCAUCGGACCUCAAGGGCAGCCAGGACCCCCUGGCCCCCCAGGACCACCGGGGCCAGGCUACGAGGCUGGAUUUGGUGACAUGGAGGGCUCGGGGCUGUCAUUCACCCCUGGACCACCUGGACCUGAAGGUCCACAGGGCGUGCCAGGACUGCCAGGGGUGAAGGGAGAGGUUGGCAGACCUGGACAGCCUGGCUUGCCGGGACCAAAGGGAGAUGCUGGCAUGCCUGGCGUUGAUGGCCGCCCUGGCCUGGAGGGCUUCCCUGGGCCACAGGGACCCAAAGGUGACAAAGGUAGCACCGGUGAGAAGGGAGAGCAAGGCCGAGAUGGAGUGGGGCUGCCAGGCCCCCCUGGCCCACCGGGUCCCCCUGGACAGGUCAUCACUGUUUCCAGUGAAGAUAAGUCCUUGGUGGCUUUUCCUGGUCCAGAGGGCAGACCAGGCCACGCUGGCUUUCCGGGUCCGGUGGGACCAAAAGGUGACCAGGGAUCAACUGGACCCCAGGGUGCUCCAGGGUUGAAGGGGGAGAAGGGGGAGCCUGGUGUCAUCAUCAGCCCUGAUGGGACCGUGGUCACUGCCAAGGUGAAAGGAGAAAAGGGGGAGCCAGGGCUGCGGGGCCCGAUGGGACCAUCGGGUCCCCCAGGACGAGCAGGGAUGAAGGGAGAGAUCGGCUUUCCAGGCAGACCCGGACGUCCCGGCAUGAACGGGCUGAAGGGCGAGAAGGGUGACCCUGCGGAUGUGCUGGGCUUGCGGGGUCCCCCAGGGCCCCCAGGACCCCCUGGGCCCCCUGGACCACCUGGCAGCAUAGUCUACAACAAUGGCAAUACCUUCAGCGACUCCAGCCAUCCGGCAUUCCCUGGUUUCCAUCAGUUCCCAGGACAAAAGGGAGAGAAAGGUGACACGGGACCCCCAGGACCCCCAGGCCAGUUCCCCUACGACACGAGUCACUUCAGUACUAGCCUGCGGGGUGACAAGGGGGAUGCAGGUCCCAAGGGUGAGAAGGGUGAGCCGGGCAGCAUCCCACUCUAUGGUCCUGGAGUCUCUGGACUUCCAGGGCCUCCAGGGCCCCAGGGAUACCCCGGGCUGCCGGGUCCCAAGGGGGACAGUAUUGUUGGGCCACCAGGGCCUCCAGGACCUCAGGGUCCCCCUGGUAUGGGAUAUGAGGGGCGACAGGGGCCCCCGGGCCCUCCUGGUCCGCCUGGGCCACCCUCCUUCCCAGGUCCCCACAGACAAGCCGUCAGCAUCCCUGGACCCCCAGGACCACCAGGACCCCCCGGACCACCAGGCACUAGCGAGAUGUCCUUGGGGCUUCGGGCUGUGCCCACAUACCAGGCGAUGCUGAGUGCUGCGCAUGAGCUGCCCGAGGGCAGCCUCGUCUUCCUGACCAACCGGCAGGAGCUCUACGUCCGCCUGCGCGGGGGCUUCCGCAGGGUGCUGCUGGAGGAGCACAACCUGAUCCCCAGUUCGGCUCUGGACAACGAGGUGUACGACAAGCCGCCCACCCUCCACUAUGCCGGCUCCCAGCCCCGUGGGCCCCUGCACCCGCUCCGCAACCACGUUCCCCCGGCCACCGCCCGUCCCUGGCGUGGGGACGAGGUGGUGGCCAACCAGCACCGCCUGCCCGAGCAGCCCCUGCUGCACCACCAGCAGGAGCUCAUCAAUGGGUACUACAUCCACCGCCGGCCAGACCCUGCCCCUGUGGCCGCCCACGUGCAUCAGGACUUCCAGCCUGCCCUUCACCUGGUGGCCCUGAACACCCCGCUGAGCGGCGGCAUGCGCGGCAUCCGGGGCGCCGAUUUCCAGUGCUUCCAGCAAGCCCGGCAGGUCGGGCUGGCCGGCACCUUCCGCGCCUUCCUGUCCUCACGCCUGCAGGAUCUCUACAGCAUCGUGCGCAGGGCUGACCGCGCCGCCGUCCCCAUCGUCAACCUCCGGGAUGAAGUGCUCUUCAAUAACUGGGAAGCCCUCUUCACGGGUAGCGGAGCCCCGCUGCGAGCCGGCGCCCGCAUCCUCUCCUUCGACGGACGGGAUGUCCUGCGGGAUGCAGGAUGGCCACAGAAGAGUGUCUGGCACGGCUCGGAUGCCAAGGGCCGGCGCCUGCCCGAGAGCUACUGCGAGACGUGGCGGACAGAGGAACGUGCGGUCACCGGCCAGGCUUCCUCCCUGGCCUCUGGAAAACUGCUGGAGCAGGAAGCCAGCAGCUGCCAGCACACCUUCAUUGUCCUCUGCAUCGAGAACAGCUUCAUGACCGCCACCAAAAAGUGACACCUGCCCUGGCGCCCCCUGGGUACCCCCAUGUCCCCAGGGAGGGUUGGGCCAGCCUGCACCCCGGCACCCCUGGGCCCCUCAGCCCCCUCCACACGCCCGCUCUCGCCCCGCAGGGUUUCCUCCCACAGACCUGAAGCCAAAGAGUAUUGCCAUGGCCCCUGCCCUGGGUCGGCAGGGGCUCAGGUCCCACCCGGGGCAGGGCAGCCAUAGGCUGGUGGCCUUCCUCCUCCUCUUCUAACUCCUAAUAUUUAACCACUUCAGCUUGUUCCCCUCCCUGCUCAGAUGCUCUUUUUGGGGUGGCUGGGUAGGAGGAUGCUUGGCAGGGAGAUUUCAGUGCUGCCAUGUAGGCUGUUCCCCACAAAAACCCUGUGGGGCCUCUCUCACCAGCCCCCCAGCCCUGUGCUGUCCUCACCAGGAGCUUGGGGUUGGACACAAAUCCCUGCUGCUGAAGCCAUGGGGUCUUCCCCAGCCAAGACCCCAGCAGCCACUCAAGGACUGUCCUUCAGUGACAGUAUCCCUGUGGUGAUGCUGGGUCUCUCCCAGAUGGUCUCCAUCCUCCCCAGGUUAAGGACCAUCAUCCUCAUCUCCACCUUCUAGCCAACAGAGCUCUGGUGGGGGUCCAGUCUUCCCCAUCCCUUCCAUGCACCCUGGGGACCUCCAGCUGUGCCCCCACAGCCCAGUUACAGCCACAGCCAGCCCAGCACAGGUACUGGGGUGACAGGGUGGCCCUGAGGCGUGGCCAGCUGUGCCCUUGGCACGUGUUUCUCUGUAUGUGUGUGUGUAGAGCGUGUGUGGUACCAAGGGCAGGCACUGCCAUCCCCCCUCCCCAUGCCACCUUUGCUGGGCUCGAACAGUGAAGGUGCAGCAAAGCUGGUCGUAAUUGGUGUGGGCAAAUCCAAGGUGCUAAAAAAAAAAAACCAAAAAAAAAAAAAGACAACAAAAAAGAGAAACUUGUAAUUAGCUUUUUUUUUUGUUAUUGUAUGGAAAUUAUUACCAUAAAAGCUGUGCGAGUCACACAGUCUCUAUUUCUUACAGUCUACUGUAUUUUGUGUAAUUAAUGCAAUUUAAAGCCUGUGGAUCUUUAUAUUAUUUUUUUGUCAUUGGUUGUGUCCUAUAAACCAUUUUCUAAAGGCACUGAAUAAAGAAACAUCCUCUUGUA